GAAAGUUUCAUAACAUAUAUUUUGUUUCAAAACUUAAUUAAAAAUGGUUCUAAACCAAAAAAAUAUAUUGUUUUGUGUAUGUGUUGGAAUAUUUGCUAGUUUAUUUAAAGGUACUGGAUAUUUUUUUAACAUGUUUUCAUUUUAUAGUCCAUCUGGCAGAAAUUGCAGUACUAUGGAGAAAACAGGCUUGAGUCCCUUGGAUCCUAGCUCAUUUUCAAGACCUGAACUUGCUGUGGUUACUGAAAUAUUUUUAAAUUUGAGUGUGAACUUUGAUAAAAAAAUCUUGAUUGGGAACGUCGACUUGUCUGUUAAAAAAAUUGAUGAAAAUGUAAAUGAAAUUGUUCUAGAUUCUUCUAAGCUGAAUAUAGCAUCUAUAUAUGAUGCAGAGACAAAUGACAAACUAGAAUAUAAUUUAUCAGAAGCUAUUGCCGAAUAUGGUUCUAAAUUAUCAGUACAGCUUCCUAAAAAGGACAGUAACAGUUACAAAAUUGGUAUCAAAUAUGAAACAAGUCCUGAUGCAACUGGUUUACAGUGGUUGUCGCCCAAUGCGACUGCUGGUAAAAAACAUCCUUAUCUUUUUAGUCAGUUUCAACCUACACAUGCUAGAUCAGUUCUACCCUGCCAAGAUACUCCAGCAGUUAAAACAAAAUAUACAGCUACGAUUUCAGCUCCUCAGGAAUAUACAGUAUUGAUGUCUGCAAUCUGUAAUGGCAGCAAAGAGUUACAUGGGGGCAAACUGUCCCAUUUUGUACAAACUGUACCCAUGCCUUCAUAUCUAAUAGCCAUUGCAGUUGGUGUUCUACAGUCAAGAAAAAUUGGCCCUCGCUCUCAUGUUUGGGCAGAGAAAGAAAUAAUUGAGGAUUGCGCCUUCGAAUUUGCAGAGACUGAGCAUCAACUUAAAACUGCGGAGGAAAUUUGUGGUCCUUAUGUUUGGGGAAUUUACGAUUUGCUCGUGCUGCCACCUAGUUUUCCUUAUGGAGGUAUGGAGAAUCCUUGUUUGACGUUUGUAACCCCCACAUUAUUGGCAGGAGAUAGAUCCCUAGCAAAUGUAGUUGCUCAUGAAAUUGCCCAUAGUUGGACUGGGAAUUUGAUUACAAACCGUAAUUUUGAACAUUUCUGGCUAAACGAGGGCUUCACAGUAUUUGUGGAGAGAAAGAUUAAAGGAAGGCUUGAGUCUCCCCAGAGUCAGGAUUUUGAUGCCUACACACAUGUGACUGAAUUAAAUGAAACAGUAAAUCGUAUUGGUAAAGAUAGUCCGUUGACUCAACUUGUAGUUAACCUGAAGGGAGUACAUCCUGAUGAUGCAUUUUCGAUUAUCCCUUAUGAAAAAGGGCAAACGUUUUUACGUUAUUUGGAAAAUGUUGUUGGUGGUCCAGAAAAUUUUGAACCGUUCCUGAGGAAGUACUUUGAUACUUUCAAAUACAAAUCCAUAGAAACAAAGGAUUUUCAAGACUUCUUUAACAACUAUUUCAAUAGCAAUCCUGAUAUAACAUUAAUCGACUGGAAAACCUGGUUGUACAGCCCUGGCAUGCCUCCUGUCAUCCCUGAUUACGACAAAUCAUUGGCUGUAAUUUGUGAUAAUCUUAUUGAGAAGUUCUUAAAAUGGGAUGGUGAAGGUGAAAUACCCUUAACUAUUGACGACAAGAAAAACCUAACUACGAAUCAAAUUAUUUACUUCCUACAGAUUAUAUCUGAAGCUGAAGCUCAACCGAUAAAGAAACUAGAAAUGCUGAACAAUGUUUUCGGUUUUAAUGAUAUUAAAAAUUCAGAAAUCAAAUUCCGUUGGUUAAGAGUUUGCAUUAAAGCAAGGUGGGAGGAGAAGGUUCAUGUGGCAUUAACUUGGAUCAACAUUGUGGGUAGGAUGAAGUUCGUGCGACCGCUUUACAGAGACUUGUAUCAGUGGGAGGAGAUAAAGCAGCGAACAGUGGAUAAUUUCUUGGCCAACCGACACAGCAUGAUGCAUGUAUCGGCUUAUACAUUAGAAAAGGACUUACACGUGGAUGCUUAAGAAUCAGCCAGAGCUUUUAAGUUUCUGUUAAAUUUAUACAUUAUAUACUUUAUAUACUAAUAAAUAUAUUAGUAUAAAAUG